CAGUGGAGAGGUCUAGCUGACAGCUUCUCUACUCAACUACUGGAGGGAAGCACCCAAAUAAGUGAAUAAUUCAACUGUUAUUAAAUAAGAUGUAUGUAAUUACAUAUGUCAAAAUCAAUGAGGUAAAAGGAAAAGUAUACAUAUGAUGAAUAACAUAGGGCAACACAGGCAUUCGCAGUGAAAUAUACAUGUAACAUAAGCAGUAUGCUUUGUUAUCCAAAGGCGAGUUGGCCGCACCUCUACUAUAAUACCGUCAGAAUCAUCUGAACAGGCAAAUCGACCUGCUGACCUAGUUUCUGACACUACAAAAAGUGACUUCCUCUUGAGCAGAAAAAUAGUUCAUCGACCUCUUCACCAUAUGGCAAAGCAAAUAACAAACAAAAAGUAUGAAGAUGAACAGAUCCAAACCAAUAAUAGGAACCAACGGAAAUGGAAAAUUGCAUAUUGUAGCAAAAAAGUGAUAUCUCCAUUCCAUAGAUUCAAGCCUGAGAUGACAGCGAAUGAGCUCGAAGCCUUGCUCAAAACCACGGUAUCACAAAUCAAAUUUAGGUGCGAUGAGAAGUAAAUCUGCGGUAUUCUUGAAAAUAUAAUUCCCCAUGGAAUACGUCAAUUACGUGUCCACGACCUGAAGAUAUGUCCUAAAAGAGCAGCAGUACGGAAAAUCGGGACUAAUUGAACCAAUUUAAUGAGAAAGACGAAAAAUAUAGAUGCGAGUGAACUUCCAUUCUACAUAUGGCAAAGUAACUGGAUAAAAACGGAUAAGGAUUUCAAGAGAGCUAUGAUCUUCACGAUGGCUAGAUCCAAAAGGGCGCUGUAUCUUACGGCUGGAGAUUUUGUACCACUUACGCUAUCCACAUUUGUUGCGAUCAUCAAGGCAUCGUAUUCAUUUUAUACAGUAAUUAAGAAAACAACUGGUUAG